AUGGAGGCUCGAAACCCUUCUCCAUCUCCGGUUCGAGUUCUCAUUCGUCCACCACCGUCUUCUUCCGCUUCUUCUUCCUCCUCCUCCUCCACCACCGUUCAUCCCUCAUCGGCGCCACCUCCUUCCUCCGACGGUGUAGUAGUCGUCGGUUUUAUAUCGCGACGAUACGACGAUUCAACUCACCUGCUCAACCGAGUCAUCGAUUCUAACGUCUUCGCUUCCGGCAACCUCGAUAAGGCGUUACUCGUCGAUGAUGAAGAAGCUAGUGAAUGGUUUAAGCGUAGAAGAAUUAGUUACUUUCGUGACCGUGAUAAGGGGAUUUUGUUUCUUCACUUCUCUUCUACUCGUUGUUCGACCGUUCACGAUUCGGUUGAACCUUCGCCGGGAUUCGAUUCUGUUGUUGAAGAGCAUGAGUUCGGUGACCUACAGGGAAUGCUUUUCAUGUUCUCUGUUUGUCAUAUUAUCAUAUAUAUUCAGGAGGGGUCACAGUUUGGUACUAGGGUUUUAAAGAAUUUUCGUGUGCUACAAGCAGCAAAGCAUGCUAUGGCUCCGUUUGCUAGGUCACAAGGCGGUGCGCCACCCUUACCGUCCAGAGUGCAUUCUUCAGUUUCAUUAUCUUCUCGAGCUGCCUUGUCAGGGAAUAAUUCUUCUCCUGGAAGAGGUGUUGGUAACUUGAAUCGCAAUGCGUCAGCUGUGUCUCUCAUGUCAGGUUUAGGAUCUUAUACUUCUUUGUUUCCAGGACAGUGCAUACCUGUGAUGUUGUUUGUGUUUGUGGAUGACUUUUCUGAUUUAUCGGUUUCCGGUAUGAAUGGGGAGGACUCUUCGGAUGUCUCUUCGCUUCACCAGUCUUCUAGUUUGGGUAGUGUAGCCAAGGCAAAUUUGGCUUCUACUAAAGGUUCUGGUUCAGUUGUUGUGCUGGCACGUCCUGCAAGUCGGUCUGAAGGUGGAUUUAGGAAGAAACUACAGUCGUCUCUUGAAGCGCAAUUUCGCUUUUUGAUUAAGAAAUGUAGGACAUUAUCUGGUUCUGAAGUUACUCACCCUGGUGUGAGAACUGGGGGUUCCUCAGCUUCUACAGCUCUCUUUUCACUUGAUGCAUCAAGGGCAGUUGUUUUGUUAGAUCAACUUUCAGUUAAUAAAGGUGAAUCUCUUGAGUUUGCCACAGGACUUGUUGAAGAUGUCUUGAAUGGGAAAGCAACCUCAGAUUCUCUUCUGCUGGAAAGCCAUGGACAAAUAGCAAGCAAAGAGGAUUUAAUAUCUGUUAAAGAGUUCAUUUACAGGCAAUCUGAUAUUUUGAGAGGGAGAGGGGGGCUAGUUAAUACCAACAGUGGCUCUGGUGUUGGUAUGGUUGCUGUGGCAGCAGCAGCGGCGGCUGCCUCAGUUGCAUCUAGCAAAACACUAAAUGCUCCUGAUCUUCCAAGUUUUGAAUCUUGGUUAACUUCAAGUCGUAAUAUCUUGAGUAGAAUUUUCUGUGCAAAAGGGGGUUGUUUAGAUGAAUUAGAAUAUUUUAAAAGAAGACCUCGUCCAAGGAACCCUGUUUCACCUGCAGUGGAAGAAUCUUUGAAGGGUACAGAUCCUUUUGAUGUUGCAGUAUCUUGGUUACAAUGUGGUAGAGGGUUGAACACUAAGUUUUCAACUUUGUGGUGCCAAAGAGCCAUUCCAGCUGCAAAGGAGAUAUAUUUGAAAGAUUUGCCUGCUUGUUAUCCCACAUCAGAACAUGAAACUCACUUAGAUAAGGCUUUGCAUGCAUUUCACUCAAAGGUAAAAGGACCCGCAGUGCAACUUUUCGCAAAAACAUUGGAAGAGGAAUGCUCUUCCAUUUGGAAAUCAGGAAGGCAACUAUGUGAUGCUGUUAGUUUGACGGGCAAACCGUGCAGGCACCAAAGGCAUGAUGUUGAUGGCAGUAAUUCAGAAUUGGGAUCUUUGUCCAAGCCACAUUCAAGUGGCUACUUUUUCCUGCAUGCCUGUGCUUGUGGCCGUUCACGACAGUUACACCCAGAUCCGUUUGAUUUUGAAUCAGCUGAUUCUUGCGGCUUCUUUGACUGUGAUAAGCUACUUCCUGCAGUCAAACUACCAGAAACUGAAGUUGAAGGACCUGUUCAGUCUUCUGCUUGGAGUUUGCUGCGUAUUGGAGGUUCAAGAUACUAUGAAUCUUCCAAAGGCUUACUUCAGAGUGGAUUUUGUGCUACUGAGAAAUAUCUUCUGAAAUGGACAAUAUACCUGGAGAAACAUAAAAGGCUAAAUGGUUCAACCGAGAGUAUAGUGAAACAAAAUUCUGUAAUUAGGGGAUCUAAUGUUGAAUAUAUUGCAGAUGCAAAGAAAACCGUUGAUAAACAAACUCACCCUGCUGUGGAGAGUGGAGUGGAAGACUAUAGAACACCUUUAGAUAUUACUAAAGCUGAUAACAAAGAUAUAAGUUUCGGUAGAGGUUUUCCCAUUUUCAAAAUGAGAAAGCCUUUUUCUGAGGUUGUUGCUGGAUCAGCGGCUGUUGAUUCAGGAUUCCCUCCUCUCCAGCAAAGGAAAUUGCCUACAUCAGGUUCAGAGAAAGAUAUGAAACAAAGCAGGCCAUGUAAUCAGAAUACAGAUAGGAUUAAUGCAACGAUCGAUCAUCAAAUAUCUCUAAAAUUUCAAGAUAUGUCAUUUACUGAGGGACCUCUUCAUGGCAAUGGAAAUAAUAAUCUCAGAGAUAGUGACCCUUUUUUGAGGAUAGGUAGCAAUGUAGUACCUGUACACCUUAAUGGCGGUGAAAGGAGCAAACCCCAUUCUUCUUUAAAGCAUGUAAUCGUCAAUGUUGGAUUUGAACAUGAAUGCCCCCGUGGCCAUCGUUUCCUGUUAAAUGCAGAUCAUCUCACUGAACUUGGAUCCUUUUACUCAUCAUCUGACGAAUCUCAUUUAUCUUCUUCUAUGGAGCCCACUGAAAGAAAUCAGGCAUCUCAUACUAGAGUAAGCAAUAAUGCUUCCUGGUCUAAAGUUCAUCGAAGCUCAAAUGAAAUUCUUUCUCCAUCCAUUAAUAAGGAAAGAGAUGUCGGAAAGUCAAAUGAAGUCAUUCCCAAUGGUUAUCUGAAUGCUGAUGGGCCAGUACAUACUUCUAUUCCACUGAAGGAAAAAAAUAUGACAUCUGUGAAUAUAUUGGCAAAACCCCCCAAUCUUAUGAAAGAUAGUGGAUGGGAUAUGCAUGCUAAUAACAAGGGUGAUGAUGAACUUGCAUUCUCCAUGCUGAACCGAAAUUUGCCUAUCUAUAUGAUCUGUCCUCACUGCAGGCGUUCUAGGAAUAAGAAAGAUACAGCAGAUGUUAAGUUUGCUAGCGGUAUCUCACAGCUUAAAAGGAUUUUUAUGGUCACACCAGCAUUUCCUGUAAUACUAGCCACAUGCCCUGUUGUGCAAUUUGAGGCAUCAUGCCUGCCUUCAUCAGUUCCAGAUCGUGAACGGAAAUUGCAGUUUAGCCUUGGAUGUCAAGUGAUCUUGCCACCAGAUAGCUUCCUUACCCUUAAAUUACCAUUUGUUUAUGGUGUGCAGCUUGAAGAUGGAAACAAGCAUCCUCUUAAUCCCUUUGAACAACAGCCAGAAAUGACUGCCUGGAUAACCAAGGGCACAGUACUGCAGAUCUUGUCCAAAGGGAGCAGUGAUGAGGGAUAUCAAACAUAG